UGUACCAUUACCAUCAACGAUUAUGACUUGUGGAUAUAUAGAUGAAUUUGAUUUUUCAAGUGUUUUAAGCAAUUCUAGAAUAGAUUCAACUUCUCGAAAUGCCAAAAAUCCAGCAAUAUACGGAAAUGAUGUUUAUGGAAUAUCUAGAUUUCUAAAAAAACUAAUCAAAGAAGCAAGAGAUGAAGUACUAAAUGUUGAUAAUAGUGAUCAAGAUAAUGGUAAAGAUCAAAGCAAUUCACAUCCAAAAACUGCACUGGAAAGAUUAAAAAUGGUCAGAGCUCGCUUAUUAAUAGAUGGUCGUUUUAAUCAUGCACACAUUAGAGAUACUAGUCAUUUAGAUUUCACUGAUAAAUGGGGUUAUGAAAAAUUACCUGAUGAUGCAAUUGCAGUUCCACUUAAACAUCAACCACCUUCAAAUGAUGAUAAUGAUGAUUUGUCGAUUCUACAACUUGUUGUGAUAGUUGCAUUAGAGACAAAUGUACUUUUGCGUAAUCUUAGAUUCAAAAAAAAAUUGGAGGAUAUACCUUCUUUAGAUGGCUGUAACUUAGAACCUUCAAUUGAUCGAAUAGAAUUUAUUGGAGAAGAAAAUGCUAUUUUCAUGAUGUUUCAAUUAUUUCAGCUUUGGUUCUGUAUAAAUGCGGUAAAUUUACGGGAAGCUUGUCCAAGAGACAAUCCUUUGUUGGAGCCUGCAUUUACUAGACAUGAUUUCCCGUUGAUAGCAAUGUUAGUAGCAUUUGCUUCUAUAAUGGCAUUUAUUUGUUGGAAAUUAUAUUUGGAAUUUGGCUGGGAUAUUUAUAAAAAAAUAGGAGCCGAUGUUAAAAUGCAGAGUAUGAAAUAUUAUGAAUGA